AAAAACUUGUCAAAAAGGGGUGUAAUCUCAACGUUCAAUAUUCAGCUUCUUCGGUACUAAGAUAACCUCCCAAGGGAUAAAAGGCCAAGCCUCAGAUAAGAGAUUGCCGGUAACCUUCCUGAACUCAUCCUCACCGAGAGCAGAGAUGAUGCGAUUUCUCAACCGUACCGGAACUGGUUGGUGGUCGUCUUUGAGGCUGCAGAAAAGGACGAGUGAAGUUCUCAAGGAAAAGUUCUCAACGUUCGGAUGGGAAAGUUCUCAACGUUCUCCUGAAGCAUCUCCUUUGUAUCCUAGGAAUAUUAGUCCCGCUUUUGAUGAGACUGAAGCAACAAUAUUCAGCUUCUUCGGUACUAAGAUAACCUCCCAAGGGGUAAAAGGCCAAGCCUCAGAUAAGAGAUUGCCGGAGUUCUUGGAGAAGAAAGGAGAUUACUCUUUCGGCAGAGAAGAUGAAGAUUUAGUCCUGUCAGAUCCGUCGUCUGAUGAGAAAGAUUCAGAUGGAUCAAUAGAAGACUCACCCGCAUUGGGCCACUACAACAGUAGUAUGGGAAGGGCUGUUGCAUUGUUUCCUGUGGCGCUUCAAAACUUUGAGAAAAAGCUCAAAUCUGCAGCUAAAAACAAGUCCGAGGAGACACAUUUGGAGUUGGGGAAUGUCAAGUCUCACAUCAUAACAGAACCGGAAAAGACGAGCAACGAGAAGAUUAUGCGAAUGAUCCACGAGAAGUUUGAGGAUGAUGAUGUCGGGAACCAUCUUGCAGACUUCAAGAGUGCUAUUGGAGGGCUUGAAGCAAACCAGCAAAGAACCUCACACCAAAAGCUCAGCGCUCAUUUUGAAGGAGGCAUCCACACAAAGCUCAACAACUCUGUCAGCAAGAUCUGCAAGAGAACCUUUUCUUCAUCACCUCCUUACAAACCAGUGAAACCUGAGAUCCCCACACACAUCAAACCUGAGGAUUUCUCUGAUGUCCAUGGUUUCGUCAUGAAGUUGCAGCAAUACCAUUCUGACUACAAUAUAACUAACAUGAAUAAUGAGUUGAAAGAGAAGGCAUAUCAGCUGAAGCUGCAGGAGGAAUAUAGUGCCAAGGCACAAGCGGCACGUGACAGAAACGAUACAGCGGGUGCUGAAGAGUAUGAGAGGCUAGCAUCUGAAGCUGGAGAAAAAGCUGAGGAACACGCUGGUAGAGCGAAGAGGAUGGCUGACUAUGAAAUUUACUGGCGUGGGAAGAAAGCUGAAUAUCUGAAGAAAAAGAAAGAGGAGGAGGAGAAAAAUAAGAAGGGGAAGAAGAAUAAGAAGAAGAAUCAGUAGUUGCUCUGCGUCCUGAUAUGAUUUGCUUUGGUCCCUAUUUCAUGCCUUCGCUAGUCAGCUUUCGUUUGCUUUCUCUUGUUUCAUGCAUGUGCUUUUUUUUUUUAAGAGACUCCUCUGUUCUUGCUUUUAAAACCAAUGUUCAAUAGGAUUGACUAAGUGGGCUCAAUCAUUUUCAA